AUGGGAAACCCUCCCCCUACCCUGUACCAGCCGGAGCUGUGGUCGGACCACUUUAACGACUUCAUCUGCAAAUGUCUGAUCAAGGACUUUGAGCUGAGGCCUAACGUUCUAGACCUGCUCCAGCAUGUGUUCAUCAGACAGAUUGUAGGCCGAGAGAGGAUCCUGCAGAAACAGCUGAUGGAACUCAUAGACCUCAACCAGCAGAUAGGAACCACUGGGAAGACAAGGCAUGAACGCAUCCACACCAAGAAAGGUGGUCAAAUUAUGUCAUCAAGCCCCACCCCCGACGAAGUGGAUGACCUUGUCACCCUGGAAGUACUUGAUGAGAAUUCAGUCACAGAGCAGCUUCAGAGGCGCUAUGCCAAGGACCAGAUCUAUACCUACGUUGGAGACAUCCUCAUUGCAGUUAACCCAUUUCACAAGAUGGAGCUGUAUAGCCCACAGUACACAAAGAUGUACAUAGGAGCGAAACGCACCGCGAACCCGCCACACAUCUUUGCUGUCGCUGACAUAGCCUACCAGUCCAUGGUGUCAUACAACGCAGACCAGUGCAUUGUAAUCAGUGGAGAGAGUGGCGCAGGAAAGACAGAGAGCGCCCAUCUAUUGGUCGAGCAGCUCACGGUGCUUGGAAAGGCCAAUAAUCGAUCACUCCAAGAGAAGAUCCUAUUGGUCAAUAACUUGGUGGAGGCAUUUGGGAACGCAUGCACCGCCAUCAACGACAACUCCAGCCGCUUCGGGAAAUACCUGGAGAUGAAGUUUACCUGCGGGGGGACCGUUGUCGGAGCGCAAAUCUCAGAAUACCUCCUGGAGAAAUCCCGCGUCGUCCAUCAGGCCAUAGGUGAGAAGAACUUCCACAUAUUCUACUACAUCUACGCUGGUUUAGCUGAGCGGAAGAAACUUGCCCACUACAAGCUAUCAGACAGCAAAACCCCAAAGUAUCUGUUCAACGAGCACAUUAAAUUGGGCCCUGACAUAGUGAACAACACCUUCUACAAGGAGCAGUUUGACUCGGUGGAACAGUGUUUCAAAGUCAUCGGCUUUACCCUGGAGGAGCUGGGCAGUGUGUACAGUGUUCUGGCUGCUAUCCUAAACUCAGGCGACAUUGAGUUUACCUCUGUGGCCUCCGAGCACCAAACCGACAAAAGCAACAUCUCCAACAUAGCAGUUCUGGAGAAUGCGGCGUCGCUGCUGUGUAUCCGUCCAGACGAGCUCCAGGAGGCCCUGACGUCCCACUGUGUAGUGGCCCGGGGCGAGACUAUCGUCAGGCCCAACACGGUGGACAAGGCCACGGAGGUGAGGGAUGCCAUGGGCAAGGCCUUAUACGGCAGACUCUUCAGCUGGAUCGUCAACCGCAUCAACACCCUGCUCCGACCCGACACACACCUAGGAGAGGAUGACAAGGGCCUGAACAUUGGCAUCCUGGACAUCUUUGGCUUUGAGAACUUCAAGAGGAACUCGUUUGAGCAGCUCUGCAUCAACAUCGCCAACGAACAGAUCCAGUUCUACUUCAACCAACACAUAUUCGCCUGGGAGCAGGACGAGUACCUGAAUGAGGAUGUGGACGCCAGGGUGAUUGAGUAUGAGGACAACCGUCCUCUCCUGGACCUGUUUCUGCAGAAGCCCAUGGGCAUGCUGUCACUGCUGGACGAGGAGAGCCGUUUUCCCCAAGCCACUGACCAAACCCUUGUGAUCUACAACGCUGCAGGCUUCCUCUCUAAGAACAGAGAUACGCUGCCGGCAGACAUUGUUCUUCUGCUGAGGUCGUCAGAAAACCAGCUGAUUCGCAAACUGGUCACCCACCCGCUCACCAAAACAGGUAAUUUGGCCCACACAAAGGGUAAAGGAAUGAACACACUCAUGAGCAUGCCUCGCACCCCAGCACACCCUCACCGCACCAUGAACUUUGCCAAGGGUGAUACUGGAACUGGAGAGACCACCCACCAUCCUAGAGAGUCCACCAACAUGAGAACACAGACAGUAGCCUCCUACUUCAGAUAUUCCCUAAUGGACCUGCUGUCCAAGAUGGUGGCGGGACAGCCCCACUUUGUGCGCUGCAUCAAGCCAAACAAUGACCGGCAAGCCAGUAAGUUUGACCGGGAGAAGGUGCUGGUGCAGCUGCGUUACACGGGCGUCCUGGAGACAGCUAAGAUCCGCCGGCAGGGCUACUCUCACCGCAUCCUCUACACCAACUUCGUCAACAGGUACUACAUACUGGCUUUCCAAGCACACAAAGAGCCAGAUGUGAGCCCAGAGACUUGUGCAGCUAUAUUGGAAAAAGCCAAACUGGAAAAUUGGGUCCUGGGCAAAACGAAAGUGUUUCUGAAGUACUACCAUGUGGAGACCCUAAACCUGAUGGUGAGGCAGACCAUAGACCGCAUCGUUCUGGUCCAGGCCUACGUCCGGGGCUGGCUGGGGGCCAAACGUUACCGCAAAAUACUGGAGAAGAGAGCACAGAGCGCUGUGGCCAUACAAUCAGUUUGCCGAGGUCACCUCGCCAAGAGGAAGUACAAGGAGUUGGUGGAGGAAAAAAAUAAAGCAGCAGCCAAGAUUCAGGCCCAUUACAGGGGACACCGGGAGAGGAAGAGUUUCAAAAAGAAAAGGGAUGCCAUUGAGAAAGACAGGGUAGAGAAAGAGAGGAUCGAAGCUGCCAAACUGGAGGAGGAAGAGAUGGCCAAAUCUGCCGUGGUCCUCCAGAGUAAUUACAGAGGCUAUAAGGAGAGAAAGAAACUCAGGGAGCGCCACAAGACACUGUCCGGAGACGAUUUGAGACUAAGGUCACCCUCACCUGUGGAGUUGGAGUCUGCUAUUAUCGAGGAGGAUGAAGAGGAGGAGCAGGAGUUUGCAGUAGAAAAGGAAGAGGAGAAUGGGUUGACCGAAGUUGCGGAGGAGGAGGAAGAGGAUGAAGACACGGCCAAGGCGGAAGAGGACGACGACGAUGAGCACACUGAAGUGGGUGAAGAGCUGGUGGACGAGGAAGACACAGAAAUUGACGAGCAACAGAAUGCAGAGCGAGCAGAAGGGGAGGAGGUUAACCCGGAACAGGAAGCUAAGGCAGCAACAGUUCUCCAGAGCAACUUCAGGGGCCACAAAGAGAGGAAGAGGCUGGUUGAAGAAGGCAAGAUCCCAGCAAGGAAACAGAGAGUGAUGAGCCCAACUGAAGACGAGACUGCAAAGGUAGAAGGUAUGUCAAAACCAGAAGGAAUGUCAAAGGUUCCAGAGACAGCAGCCGUGUCUGCAGGAGUGGAAGAGAAGGAGGAAGUAGAUGAGGCCAAGGCAGCAACAGUCAUCCAAAGUAACUUCCGUGGCCACAAGGAGCGCAAACGCCUGCAGGAGGAAGGAAAAAUCCCCAAGAAAAACAAGGCCAAAGAGGCCAAAGAACAACCCAAACAAGAACUAGUCCAGCCACAGGAGCCAACGCUAGAACCCCAACCAGAGCCGUCCACCGCAAGCCAGUCGGAGCCAGACGAGGAAAAAGCUGCCACCGUUCUGCAGAGCAAUUUCAGAGGACACCGGGAUAGAAAGAAAUUCAAGGAGGAGAGAGAACGGGUCAAAAGGAGCAAGGAGGAACCCAUGGUUGAGGAACAGGAGGAAGGAUUGAAGGUUGAGGACAGGGUUGUGGACCUCACCGAUGUAGAGCUGGUUCGCAUAGAGGAGACAGAGUCUCAGGGAGGCGAUAGGUAUGACGAGGAGCAGGCAGCGGUGAAGAUCCAGAGCCAGUUCAGGGGCUACAAGGACAGGAAGAACCUGAAGGCCACCAAGGCCACAGCCCAGAGAGAUACGGAGGAACUGGAGGUCUUUUCUAAAGAGGUCACGACGUCUUCCCAGAACUACAUGAGCCUCCAGCAGAAGCUGAACGAGAUCAUCCUGGCCCACCAGAUAAACCCAGCCAAUAACGGCAUGUUUGUCAAAGGGCAGGCAGUCAAUGGCUUUGCUGCCAUCCAUCAGCAAUCAGUCGAUCUGAAAGUGUGUCGGACGCCUCGCAGAACCCAGCAGCCAAAGACGCUCAACACCCCUGAGGACUCUACCUACUACAACCUCAUCCAUAGGUCUGUCCAGGAUGACAAACGCAGGCCACGGAAACAAGGUCCUGGGAAGCUGCUGGACGUAGAUGACCAGUACUACCAGGGCCUCCCCACCAGUAAGUCCACCGGUGCCAUAGCCGGAGACAGACGCACCUCUCUCACCAGACGAGCAUCUCUCGAGAGGAGGCAGUCUAUCGAACAGAGGCGCUCUAUAGAGAGGAGACAGUCUUCUGACAGGAGGCAGCACUCCGUUCCCAGACUGCCCUCUGCAGAGGGCCAGGACGACAACCCUUAUGACUACAGAAAGAUCCUGAGAAAGACCUCCCAGAGAAGAAGGCUCAUCAAACAGUACAGAGACUGA